AACCCCACAUUUUUAACCUAACAAUUUCAGUUUUAAAAUAUGUCAAAUCCAAAAUCGGUAGAAGCUCGACAAGCUUUCCUGAAUCAAAGGCCUUUCGACGGCUUCAACAUAGACGACACCGGCAUUUUAAACGACUUAAAAGAGCGCGACAGUUGUCCGAAAUGUUACAAAUCGCGAAAGUUUUAUUGUUACUCUUGUUAUGUACCCAUUAGUGAUCUGGAAGGGAAACUUCCCACUGUUAAAUUACCGUUUAAAAUUGACAUUAUAAAACACCAACGGGAAAUCGAAGGGAAAAGUACGGCGGGUCAUGCGGCAAUUCUCGCCCACACUGACGUAAAAAUCUACACCUACCCCGACAUUCCGACUUACGACAACGAAAAUGUAGUGCUAAUAUAUCCCAGUCAAACUGCCUUGACUGUUUCUCAAUUAGUUAAUCUUGAAUCUUACUCAGAUAUAUUCAAACAACAAAAUCAACUUCUGGAUGAUAUUCCAGUUGGUUACAGCAGAAGUACACUGAUGAAACAGAUUCAUGAGUCUCAACAAAAACAAUAUUUCACUAAAAUUGGUAAAUUACCAAUAACAAAAGCAGUAUUCAUUGACAGUACCUGGAAUCAGAGCAAAGGAAUUUAUAAAGAUGACAGACUCAAAAACAUCCCUUGUGUUGUGAUUCAAAAUAGAAUUUCUCAGUUCUGGAGGCACCAAAAAGGCAGCCCCAGAUGGUAUUUAGCUACCAUAGAAGCCAUUCAUCAAUUUUUAGUGGAGGUACAUAUCCACUGCUGGGGUUUACAUCCUGAUUACGAGGGUGUAAAGAAUUGUUUUAGUGAAGACUGUUUAGAGAGAUUUCAAGGGUUGAUUUGUGAUGAUGUAAAUGCUUAUAAUGGACAGUAUGACAAUUUGUUGUUCUUUUUCAAACAUAUGUAUGACUUAAUACAUACCUAUUAUCAACAUGAAGAUUUGUCUGCUUACAAGAGAGAUCUCAGGUGAUUUUUGUGGCAACUAAAAAAAUUAAUUUUAAAUUUUAUUAAAAAACAAAUAAAAUAAUAUUUAAUUAUA